AUGAUAGAGAGAGAAAAUAUCAGAGCCUGCGUUCUGCUGCCUGAAGGCCAGAGCGCCUCUCGUUGGGAUGAGGACACAGAAACCCGAGCUCAGACAAAGAGGGUGAAGGAGGAAGAGGAGGAGGCCAGCGGGUCCUGGAACGCUGCCCGCCCCGGCCGUGUGUGGACUCUGUCGCCCCCUGCAGGCCCGUCGUGUCGCUGCAGCUUCAGGCUUCACGCCUCGGCGAUGGAAAGCGUGACUCGGACACGCUGCCGGCCCUGCGGCGGGGCGGCGGCUCCAUCUCAUCCCCCCGGAGGAGUUUUUACUUCACGUGAAGAAAAAGCAGCCGGGCGAGGCGAGGCGAGGCGAGGCGAGGCGUUUCCACAGGGCGCCGCCGACCUCGCCGCUCCGCCGCCGCUGAGGCCCAAACAGGAAGGAGGGAAUCACAGCGAGCUUCAAGGAGUCUCUCCGAGGCAAAGCAGCUCUCCAGAGAAGCUCCACUGUCAGAGCCACAGAGCCACCAGACCCACCCUGAAGAUGAAGCCCGACUUCCUGCUGCUGCUGCUGCUGCUGGGCCUCUCGCAGGCCCAUCCUCUCCAGGAGGAGGGAAGCGGAGAACAGGUCCUGGUGGAAGACCCGGAGGCCGUCCACAUGGACAUCAGCACCAGGAUCCUGUCCUCCAACAACGGCUCCAGUGAGAUCCUGCUGGAAGGAGACAUGGUGGUGCCCAGAACCAGAAACGCCAUGUUCUGCUGGAGCCACAACUGCCUGUGGAGGAAAGGCUCCGACGGCCUGGUGACCAUCCCCUUCACGGUGAGCGGCGACUUCUCGGCCUGGGACAGGCAGAAGAUCGAGCGCGCCAUGCGGUCCUACCACAGCGGCACCUGCCUCCGCUUCGUCCCCCGUCAGAAGGAGCAGGACUACAUCAGCAUCCAGAACAGAGACGGCUGCUUCUCGUCUCUGGGCAGAGAGGGAGGCGCGCAGGUCCUCUCCCUCAACAGGCAGGGCUGCCUCUACCACGGCAUCAUCCAGCACGAGAUCAACCACGCUCUGGGCUUCCAGCACGAGCAGACCAGGAGCGACCGCGACCAGUACGUCAGGAUCAACUGGGAGAACAUCGACCCGCGGAUGGCCUACAACUUCUACAGGCAGCACACCGACAACCUGGACACUCCCUAUGACUACUCCUCCAUCAUGCACUACGGCAGGACGGCCUUCUCCGUCCAGCACGGGAGGGACAGCAUCACCCCGAUCCCCGACCCCACCGUCCAGAUCGGCCAGAGGCAGGGCCUGUCCCGCAUCGACAUCCUGAGGAUCAACCGGCUCUACGGCUGCUGA